AUGCCAGAACUCAAAGACAACUAUAGAGUCGCCAAGAAACGGUUUGAAGGUCUGAAGAAAAGACUGAAGAAGGAUGUGACGUUGUACAGCAGAUACAAUGAAGUAGUAGAGGACUACUUACAACAGGAUAUGGCAGAGGACGUGCCCAAGGACAACGCAUCAAGUGCAGACAACGUAAAAUACUACUUACCUCACCAUGCAGUACUCCGAGAAGAUAAGGUGACAACAAAACUGAGAGUGGUGUUUGAUGCCUCGUCCCAUGAAGAUGGCUGUCCAUCCCUCAAUGACUGUCUACUCACAGGACCGAACCUGAAUCCGAAUCUGCUCAGCGUUCUGAUAAAGUUCAGACUACAUGAGAUCGCAUUCAUGGCAGACAUCAAGAAAGCUUUCCUGCAGAUAUCCCUAGCAGAGAGAGACAGAGACGCCGUGAGAUUUCUAUGGCUCACAGGCCCACCAAGGGGAGAAAAUGAAGAGGAGCUGCGUGUGCUGAGGAUGAAAAGAGUGGUAUUUGGAGCUUCCCCAAGUCCAUUUUUGCUGGCAGCUACAAUCAGGAAGUACUUGAAACAAUAUGAAACAGAACAACCAGAAGUUGUAGAGAUACUGAGAGAGUGUAGAUGA